CCGAGUCAAUAACGACGGAGGGGCUGCAGUGAAGUUAAUGUGCUGAGACAGGGAGGGGGCCACACAGCAGGGCUAACAUCAGAAAUUGUGUCUCCCACAUUUUAAAACGAACAAAUCAAUAAUAAAAAGCACCAAAUGUCCCUUCUCUCCUAUGUACUGCCACGACAAGGACAUCAGGAAUCGGAACAAAGCGUGAACAGGUCGAUCCUGACAAAAUCAAAUAAAAACGUUGAAAUGAAAAGACCAGCUUGCUUUAAAUGAGCGCUUUAACGGUGUCACUCAUUUGUACCCUGCACGCCUGUCACCGGAGCGCAGACUUCUUGACGGCUGAUAGCAUCGCCAGCGUGCCGCCCACAGCUCCGCUCUUCACCGCCUCGGCCGCGCAUUCACUUCGACUUGUGACUCAAACGCGGACCACGCCGAUUUCCAGUCAUGCUGCCCAGAAGAGGACGCUUCUUCGUUUGCUUCACUCCUCCUGGCCUUUUGCUAAUGGCUUUGUGGGGAGCCGACAACAUGCCAGCUUCAUCUUCAGCACCGGACCAAGGCUCCUGUCUGCCCAUCCACUGCACCUGCAACUUCUCUGCAGCUGCAGCCCCCCAGUUUGUAACGGUGGUCUGGCACCAGUAUGCGGAUAAACUGCAAAGCACUCUGGAGCCUGCUGAUCAGCCUGUCAUGGACGCCGAGGACAUUCGAGUUAAUUGUGGCCUUCUGGUUGACAACUGUAACGGGACGUGCGGUGCCACCCUGUGCUUCAGGACUCACCCGCACCCUCAUCCCGCCUCUGAUGUGACUGUGACGCUGCUCAGAAGCAAUGCCACCUCGUUGGCUGGUGAGAACGUGUCUGUGUCCUGCUACAGCCGUGCCAGUCUUCCUGCUACGACACACCUGAAUGGGAACAGGAUGGUCGGCUUAACUCUGCUCUCCAAGGACCUGACGAUAUUGGAUGUGGAGCGAGUACCAGAAACACGCCAAACAAACCUGACAGCCACAGUUCUUAUAUUAGUGGCCAUCGCUGUCAUCAGCAUUCCUGUGAUAUACAAGGUGUACAAAAAAAUGUCUGCCCGGACUCCCAUUGUUCCAAAAAUAAGAAUUGAUACGGCGGAAACAAUGAAGAAGGAGUCGAUGUACGUGAACACUAAAAAGCUGUGUGAUGAUGACACCGAGAAGUCUGCAGAGCCGCUGUACAAGAAUUUACAAGAGACUCCCCAAAUGAAGACCAUGAAAAAGCUGGAGAAGAUGAACAGACAGCGACAGGCGGAUAAGCACCUUUAUGAAAACGUUGCUCUCACCUAAUAACGAUAAUAAUGACGACUAUAUGAGUAGAAACGCCUGAAUGUCACAUCUCCCCAGAAGAGUUUUGAAGAGGACUCUGACAAACCCCGGGUGCUGCCCUGAAUUCCACUCUCCACCCUGAUCUCUUCCGAAAUGAACUCGCCAGUUGACCCCUGAUGUUUCAUUUUGUGUUUUUUUUCCCUUCGCCCCUUUUGUGUUGUUGCUGAAUUGCAGGCCGUUGGCCUCUCAUCAACUUCACCGCAUUUACUUGGGUGCUGCUGCGUUUAGGGCUGCAGUCACCUGAGGCGGCUCUUCAAGAUGCAGCCACUCGGCUCUGCAAUCAGAGAACUUUGGCCCCUUUUGUUUUGUUUUAUUUUUAUUAUUAAUUUCAUUGUAAGGGAAAUGUACUGCGUAUUUAAAAUUUCAUAUACCAGAUGAUGUGAUCAGUGGUGACACAGCGGUGACACAGCGGCCACACUGUCUGGCUAUGUUAUGGUUUUUAGGUUUUCUUAAAUGUUUUUUUUACUUUUACAUUUUUGGCCUUUACAUGUCACAUGAUGGCAAAAUACACAGAAACACAGCCUGUGUGUCAUGUGAUCUGCUUCUGUCGCGUGAUUGCAGCUUUGUGUCAUUGCUCUGCACUUCCUGAUUGGUGGACAUGUUCUUGUCAAGCACAAUUUUCGCUGGGAUAAUUAUAGCCAUCCUCAUGUUUUACGAGUUAGUGACGCAUUCUGUGUGAAAAUCGGGUAGUUUUAGGUUGCGAUUGGCUCUUUUGGUCUCUCAACUCUUUUAUUUUUUGUUGUUUUGAAUUACUUCUCUCCAUUUUCCCUUUUUUUUCCUUCCUUCGUUUGGUAUUCAUCUCUCUUUCUGGCUUCUGAUGAUCGCCUGCUCCUUUUGACUCUUCUUUGGCAAAGCGUUCUUAAUCUCUCGGUGGCCUCUUUUUGCAGCGUCAUAUCGAGAUAUCGGAGUCGGCCAUUGCCCUGGUAACUUCUCCAGACUUCAUCCAGGAACGUGCGCUGUGUGACAUCUUUAGGGUGACCCUAUAAAUGGAGUGACAGGUUAGGGCUUCCUGUUUUGAAAGUCCAUGACUUCGGUUUUAGGAUUUAACCCCUGAGGUAACCUUUGGAUUCAUUUGUUUCUGAAAUCUGCUGUAGUUAUAGUUUGAAUUUGGAUUUGUUACUUGUGUUGUUACGCAGCCACCAUUCUGAUGCCACUGUUGUUUAUUUCUAUCACUAAGCCCGUCCCAGAGUGGGCGUGUCCUUAUAGGGCGUGGCCUGUCAAUCACGAUGUGACGGGAUAAAAGGUCAUCCAGCAUUUGGCCUCCUCAUUCCGACUGUCUGGAUUCCUAAAGCUCUUCAUAACUUUUUGAACAUUUUCCUUGAUUUUUGAACUCUCUGUGCUUUUUCUUUCUUCGGUUUUGUCUCGUGAUUCUUGGCUUCGCUGUUUCUCCCGUUGUGACCCCGGUUUCGUUUUUUUUUUUAUGGACUACAUCCUUGUCUUCCAGUCGUCUUCUUCAAUCUCAUCCCUGCUGGUAUAAUGGCGCCGUUCAGACUUUUUCUGUUUGGAUUAUCAAACGACUUCAUGAGUCUGUGUGCUCCUCCACGCCUUUUCAUCUCCGCUUUCCGAUUCUCUUUUCAUCUUAUGCCUCUGAUUCUUGUCUACGUUUCCGGCUUGGUGAAAGAGCAAAUUAACUUUUUUUUGAGUUUCGACCCCUGUGCACACUUGUUCUUGAUCUCGUUACGUCUUCCGAUCUUUUAAUCAAAAUUCUUUCCACUAAGACAGAACAAUUGCAAACUCUUGGGCUGAUGACGCAGUGUGUGCAAUCAAAUGCAGUUUUGCGUGUGCCGCUGCACCGGACGUUUUUCAUGAUGCUUUCCAGCAGACGCCUCAGUAAUUUAGCAUAUUUUAGUUCAUUAAAAAUCUGUCCAUAUGGGAAAUAAACUUUUUUAUUAAGAUGUCAGUAAAUAUCAAAAAUAGCAUCAUCAUUGUCUUGAUGUUUAAUAUGACCAGACAUUUUAUUUUCGGCUUCGAGAAAAAAAAAAUCGGUGAAGUCGUGCGGACGAUUAUAGAAUAAAUGUCAGAAAUACGGUGUGUCACUCAUGUGUGAUUGGGAGGCAGCUAGAGGGCCUAAAUAAUAGU